UGCCAUGGAGUCCCUCUUCCCCGCCCCAUUCUGGGAGGUCUUCUACAACAGCCACCUGCAGGGUAACCUGUCUCUCCUGAGCCCCAACCACAGCCUGCUGCUCAACACCAGCCACGGCUCCUUCCUGCCUCUAGGACUCAAGAUCUCCAUUGUGGGGCUCUACUUGGCUGUGUGUGUGGGGGGGCUGCUGGGGAACUGCCUCGUCAUGUAUGUCAUCCUCAGACACACCAAGAUGAAGACAGCCACCAACAUUUAUAUCUUUAACUUGGCUCUGGCAGACACGCUGGUCCUGUUGACGCUGCCCUUCCAGGGCACUGACAUCCUCCUGGGCUUCUGGCCAUUUGGGAAUGCUCUGUGCAAGGCGGUCAUUGCAAUUGACUACUACAACAUGUUUACCAGCACCUUCACGCUAACUGCCAUGAGUGUGGACCGCUACGUGGCCAUCUGCCACCCCAUCCGCGCUCUGGAUGUCCGGACGUCCAGCAAAGCUCAGGCCAUCAACGUGGCCAUCUGGGCGCUAGCCUCCAUCAUUGGUGUCCCAGUUGCCAUCAUGGGCUCAGCACAGGUUGAGGAUGAAGAGAUCGAGUGUCUGGUAGAGAUCCCUGCCCCACAGGACUAUUGGGGGCCUCUGUUCGCCAUCUGUGUCUUCCUCUUCUCCUUUGUCAUCCCUGUUCUGAUCAUCUCCAUCUGCUAUACUCUCAUGAUCCGGAGGCUGCGCGGCGUCCGCUUGCUCUCAGGCUCCCGGGAGAAGGACCGAAACCUGCGGCGCAUCACAAGGCUGGUGUUGGUGGUGGUGGCUGUGUUCGUGGGUUGCUGGACACCCGUCCAGGUCUUCGUGCUGGUCCAGGGGCUAGGCGUGCAGCCAGGCAGUGAGGCCGCUGUGGCCCUGCUACGCUUCUGCACAGCACUUGGCUACAUCAACAGCUGCCUCAACCCCAUCCUCUAUGCCUUUCUGGACGAGAACUUCAAGGCCUGUUUCCGCAAGUUCUGUUGCGCAUCUGCCCUGCGCCGGGAGACCCAGGUAUCUGACCGUGUGCGCAGCAUUGCCAAGGAUGCGGGCUUGGCCUGCAAGACCUCAGAGACGGUGCCGAGGCCUGCAUGACUAGGCGUGGACCUGCCCCUGGUGCCUGUCAGCCCGCAGAGUCCAUCCACUCCCAACACAGAGCUCACGCAGGUCACCGCACUCUAGGCUG